CCCGGCGGUGACGUCCCAAGCGCAACAAUUAGUUCGAGGAAAAUAUUAAUAAUUUUAACUGAAAAUAAUCAUAUUAAAUAGUUAUAAUGUCUGUGUAUCGCUUUAAUCGUUUAGUUUAAUUUUAGAUUAGAUGUGUUAAGGAUUUUACGAAAAGGAAAAUGGCGGACACGCGAAUUUCGAUUUGAAUUUAGAAUGUCCUUUUCUUCAUAAAAAAAAUUAGGAAAUUCUUCGGCAUUUAUGUGCCAGUGCUGAAUCGAGUAUCGGUUCGCGAGUGCAAGGACACGAUUCUAAUCGAUAGUACGGACAUCGAUGGCCAGUUGAAUCCAGAACUCGGCUGGGCGUGCUGCUCCCACGACAUAGUAAUCGUUCAUGUCGCCGAAGGAGCAGUAGAUUGACGUCUCUCGGAGAGAUGACGACCGAAACGGCGACGCCGAACCAGGCGGAUGCCAGCACGGCGUUCCUGCGUGCGGCACGCGCCGGACAAAUUGAGAAGAUCAUUAGCCUUCUGGAGCAAGGAGUCGACAUUAACGUUAGCAAUGCUAAUGGCCUCAAUGCAAUUCACCUAGCUUCGAAGGACGGACAUGUGGAAGUUGUCCGCGAAUUGCUGCAGCGUGGCGCUGCCAUCGAUGCGGCGACUAAGAAGGGAAACACCGCUCUGCAUAUCGCUUCUCUGGCUGGACAGGAGACUGUGGUCAAGCUGUUGGUGCAGAAUGGUGCCCAGGUCAACAUCCAAUCUCAGAAUGGAUUCACGCCUUUGUACAUGGCUGCGCAAGAGAAUCACGAUGGCGUUGUCAAGUUUUUACUAGCAAAUGGAGCUAACCAGAGUCUCGCCACAGAGGAUGGGUUUACUCCCCUGGCGGUGGCGAUGCAGCAGGGGCAUGAGAAGGUGGUAGCUGUACUUCUAGAGGCGGACACGCGCGGCCGCGUGCGUCUGCCCGCGCUGCACAUCGCAGCUAAGAAGGAUGAUGUCAAAGCUGCCAAUUUGUUACUGGAGAAUGAACACAACCCGGAUGUAACUUCGAAGUCAGGCUUUACGCCGCUGCAUAUCGCGGCGCACUACGGCAACGAGUCUGUGGCGCGUCUACUCCUGGCUAAGGGAGCCGAUGUCAACUGUGCCGCUAAACAUAACAUCUGCCCCCUGCACGUUGCUGCUAAAUGGGGCAAAGAGAACAUGGUGUCGUUACUGUGUGACAACGGAGCCAACGUGGAAGCACGCACGAGGGAUGGCCUGACUCCGUUGCACUGCGCCGCGCGCUCGGGACAUGAGCGAGUCGCAGAGACCCUGCUUGAUAGGGGCGCGCCCAUCACUAGCAAGAGCAAGAACGGUCUCGCUCCCCUGCACAUGGCGGCGCAAGGAGACCACGCGGAGGCAGCGCGCGUGCUGCUCUCCCGGCGCGCUCCCGUCGAUGACGUCACAGUGGACUACCUCACCGCGCUGCACGUCGCCGCCCACUGCGGACACGCUAAAGUUGCCAAACUCCUACUAGACAGAAACGCAGAUGCAAACGCGAGAGCUCUGAACGGAUUCACGCCGUUACACAUAGCUUGCAAAAAGAACAGAAUUAAGGUCGUGGAAUUACUCCUUAAGUAUGGAGCAAGUAUCCAAGCGACCACGGAGUCAGGGUUGACUCCGCUGCACGUGGCCGCGUUCAUGGGCUGCAUGAACAUUGUGAUCUACCUGCUGCAGCAUGAGGCCAACCCUGACGUGCCCACAGUCAGGGGAGAGACGCCUCUGCAUCUAGCAGCACGGGCCAAUCAGACGGAUAUAAUCCGCAUCCUGCUCCGCAACGGCGCGGCUGUGGAGGCGAAGGCGCGUGAGCGCCAGACGCCGCUGCACAUCGCCUCGCGGCUCGGCAACGUGGACAUCGCGGUGUUGCUGCUGCAGCACGGCGCGGAUGUGCGCGCCCUCACCGCAGACCACUACAACGCGCUGCACAUCGCCGCCAAGCAGCAUAAUCAUGAUGUUGCCGCGGCUUUGAUCGAGCACAACGCACCUCUAACAGCGACUACAAAGAAAGGCUUCACUGCUCUCCAUCUAGCUGCUAAAUAUGGAAACUUAAAGGUCGCCAAUCUUCUGCUGGCACACGGCGCGUCGCCCGACCAGGCGGGUAAAAACGGCAUGACGCCGCUGCACGUCGCUGCGCAAUACGACCAGCAGGCGGUCGCCACCACACUAUUGGAGAAGGGCGCUGAUGCCAAGGCAGUAGCAAAGAACGGUCACACGCCGCUGCACAUCGCGUCCCGCAAGAACCAGAUGGAGACUGCGGCCACGCUGCUGGAGUACGGCGCGCUCACCAACGCUGAAUCUAAAGCUGGGUUUACACCGCUGCAUCUUGCAGCUCAACAAGGUCACACGGAGAUGUGUGCGUUAUUGCUGGAGCAUGGAGCGGAGGUGGACCAGCAGGCUAAGAACGGUCUGGCAGCCAUACACCUCGCCGCGCAGGAGGACCGCGUGCCGGUGGCACAGCUGCUGCUCAAGAAUGGAGGACAGGUGGAUAUAUGCACUAAGGGCGGGUACACACCGCUGCACAUCGCCAGUCACUACGGCCAGGCUAACAUGGUGCGAUAUCUGCUAGAGAACGGCACCUCUGUUAAAGCUCAGACCAAUCAUGGUUACACUGCGCUGCACCACGCCGCUCAACAAGGUCACAUCAACAUCGUUAACAUCCUACUGGAACACAAAGCUGAUCCGAACGCUAUCACAGUCAAUGGUCAAACUCCAUUGGACAUAGCGUCUAAGCUGGGCUACGUGACAGUGAUGGAGACGCUCAAGGAAGUGUCGGACCCCUCCAUCAGCGCGGCUUCGCAGGAGAAGUACAAAGUGGUCGCGCCGGAGACUAUGCUGGAGACAUUCAUGUCGGACUCGGAAGAAGAAGGAGAAGAUACUAUUCUGAACGACCAGCCAUACCGCUACCUGACGGCGGAUGAUAUGAAGUCACUGGGAGACGACUCCUUGCCUAUUGACGUCACCAAAGACGAGAGAACAGAAUCCGCUAUGAGCCAUAAGAAUAUUAUGGAGAUAUCUCAAGGAUCAGUGAACGGCAUCCCGUACCAGCCGCAGCAGGAGGUGGUGGUGAAGAGUAUCAGCCGCUACAGCACCGCGCAGGCCCCCAAGGGAUACUGCUACAACGUUGACCCCACGCAGCCUAAGAAGAAACUACAAUGGAAGAAUUUCCUGGUGUCGUUCCUGGUGGACGCGCGCGGUGGUGCGAUGCGCGGCUGCCGCGGCGGCGGUGUGCGCGUCAUAGUGCCGCCGCUCUCCGCACAACAACCGACCAGGAUCACCUGCAGAUAUCUGAAGCCGUCCCGCAUCAACCACAUGCCGCCGCUGAUGGAGGGCGAGGCGCUCGCUGCGCGCGUGCUUGAGAUGGGCCCAAUCUCCGCCAAGUUUUUGGGUCCUGUGAUACUGGAAGUGCCACACUACGCGUCUCUCCGCGGAAAAGAGCGUGAGAUAGUCAUCCUGCGCUCAGACAACGGCACCAGUUGGCGCGAACACAACGCGGAUGCUACUGAGGACGUCGUGCAGGACAUAUUGCAUGAAACACUGGAGAUUGAAGAAACCAACGACGAGGAGAAAGGCUGGGACGCGCCGCGCAUCACUCGCAUCCUCACACACGACUUCCCGCAGUACUUUGCUGUCAUAUCCCGCAUCCGACAGGAGGUGCAUGCUAUUGGACCUGAAGGUGGCAUGGUGUCGAGUUCCGUGGUGCCUCAGGUGCAGGCGGUGUUCCCUCAGGGCGCGCUGACCAAGAAGAUCAAAGUUGGCCUACAGGCACAAAUCAUAGAUUCCGAACUAACAGCGAAACUUCUUGGACGAGGAGUGGCAGUAUCACCAGUCGUCACCGUAGAACCAAGAAGACGGAAGUUCCAUAAAGCUAUAACCCUCAGCAUGCCAGCGCCUCGUCCUCAUACCCAGGGGAUGACAAACCAGUACAGCACAUCCUCAGCCCCAACUCUUCGACUGCUGUGCUCCAUAUCAGGUGGAACGAAUCGCGCGCAUUGGGAGGAUGUUACCGAGAACACGCCGCUUACUUUCGUCAACGACUGCGUGUCCUUCACCACGACUGUGUCUGCAAGAUAUUGGUUGAUAGAUUGUCGUCAUAUUGAAGAUGCUACUAAGAUGGCUACAGAAUUGUACAGGGAGGCCAUCCACGUACCAUUUAUGUCACGUUUCGUGGUAUACGCCAAGCGAACAGACGAGUGCCAGGCGCAGCUGAGGAUGUUCUGCGUCACUGAUGAUAAAGAGGACAAGACCUUGGAGAGGAUCGAGCGCUUUAUACAAGUUGCUAAGAGUCGAGACGUUGAGGUCCACGAAGGCAAACCGGUAUACUUGGAGUUCGGUGGGAACCUAGUCCCGGUUGCGAAGUCCGGCGAACAGUUAUCACUACCGUUCCGCGCCUUCAGAGAGAACCGGGUCGCGUUCCCGGUGAUGAUCAAGACUCAAGAUCUGGAGCCGAUCUGCCGCUGUCAAUUCAUGAGGGACCCUAAGGUCCCUAAGGGAGAGCCUUCUCCAGCGCCGAUCGCAAUCCUGAACAUAAUGGUGCCGGACGACAUCCCGGCUGAGAGGACAUCGCCCGUACAGCUGGACACCCUGCCGCGCCGCACUGAAGACCAGGAGCUCGUCUGGCGACAGAGGCUGAGAGAUCCACGAUUGGAAGACAUUUGCAACCUACUGGGCAAGGACUGGGUGGCGCUGGCGUACGAGCUAGGUGUGAGCGUGGCCACUGUCAACCAGAUACAGGCCAAGCGCAUCACCGCCGCUGAGCAGGCUCAACUCAUGCUGAAGCUAUGGAAGACGCAAUCCGGGACCAAGGCUCUAGAUAAUUCUCUAGAGUUGGCACUAUGUCGUAUCGGUAGAGACGACAUUAUCGCAUCCCAGUCAGAUGUCAGCAAUGAACGACGCAUACAACGCAACAUCUAUCAAGAAAGACAGGAAUCUGAAGAAAUCGAAGCAUACAAAGCGGAAGAAGACAACAAAGUAAAAGAAAGAAUUUAUGACGCCAAUCAAAUAGCAGAGGCGAUGCCACACGAAACUGAAAUAGACCAGGAUGAAGCUAAGUAUUCACCUGAAGAGAAAUCUGUUGUAGAUAAGAGCGAAGUGGAGAGAACUCCCACACCCAGCGAAGAUAGCGAGGAGGACGAAGAUGUAAAACGUAGUGUAGCCGAAAGGAAGGAACAAAUUACUAAAAAGCUCAGUUCAAGCAAAAUACCAGCUUCAAAACAAAAGAAAGAAAUUCGCGAAGAAAUUAUCGAGAUUAAAACUCAAAUAAAACCAGACAUCAAAAAAUUCCACGACAUUGAACAGCAGGUAAAAGAUAAAGAACCAAAAACGGAACGAAAGUGUCCGAAAACAUCACCUGACACUGUAGAAGAACAAAGAGAAAUCGAAGAGCCUGUAGAACACGUUGAACACAAAGUUGAAGAAAUAAAAGUUGAGCGUCAUGUAGAACAGUUUAGAAAAUUCGACCCAUCGUCACCAGCAAAGCCAACGCCUAAACAUUUGCAAAGACAUAUGAGAAAUGAAUCCAUGAGAUUCCCGUCUGGAGACUUUUCUAAUGUUACUAUCACCCCGAGAAAAUCUAUUACUGUUGAGACAGUAGAAACGAAACAAGUAAUCGACACUAAAACCGACUCAUUUCCAAAAGAAGUAAUUUCUCAAAAGGAGAUAGACAGUGCGAGAGUCGAAGAAAAAUUAGACGAUGGUGAUAAAUCGCCAGAACUUGUUAUUGAUACCGAAAAAGACGUAGCGGAAGCAACAUUGAGAGAUAAAAUCAGUUCAUUUGAAUCUAAAAUUUCUAAAGAACCAUCUAUUGACGCUACAAAAACUAUUAAACUUACGAAGGAGGCGUUGAAAAAACAUACCCUUGAGCAAGAUCAAAGUAUAGAAUAUACUCAGGAAUUCGUUAGAGAACAAUCAAAGCAGAUAUUGAGCGCUGACACUCGAGAACAUGUUAUACAAAAAGUAAUAGUUGAAUCGGAAAGGCAUGUAGAGACAGUCAAGUCGGUAAAAGAAACAAUACAACAGUUUGACACAAAAACAAAACAAGAAGACAAAAUUAAACCAUUCCCUAAAACUAUGAGAACUGAUUCAACAUUGGUACAGGUUUCAUCUGAGGAAGACAGCGAAUUCCUAAAGAAGUCAACUGACUCAGAAACUGAGACUGAAUCACAAACAACAGUUAAAGUAGAAAAAGAUAAACUGAAAUCAAAAGUUAGUGCUGAAAAACUUUUUUAUGACGGAAAACUUGACCUGAGGGAUAAAACUGAACCAAAACCUGAAAAGGGUCAAGAUAAAGAUGAUCAACAUAAAAAAGAUGAUGACGAUCAAGAUAAAAAAGAUAGUGACAGGGUAGCGAUUUCAGAGAUAAAGCUGGAAAAACAAUUAACUCAAGAAUUACGGAGUAAAGUUAGUGAAGAAGAUAUCACAGAAGACAUAGAACAAAAAGAUGUCUCUAUUAGGCAAACAGAAAAGACGGAUACUCAACAGUCUACAGCAAGCACGAAAUCUGAUUUAACUAAGUAUACUAAGACAGAUUCAACUGGUUCAGACUUACAUGACUCUGUUGCACGCAAGAUUUCUCAAGAUUCUCCUGCACAAUCAACUAUAGAUAAAGUAGAUUCUUUAGCAGAUCUGCAACAAAGUACUGAAAAAGACAUCAGUUUUGUAUCGCAUACGGAAUCUAAGGCAUAUUCGAAACAUAGAAGCGAUUCUUUGGACGAAGCGUCACAAUUUUCUGAUUUAGAAGACCAAGUAGGGAUAAGCCCUGCACACCGACCAGUUCAUGAUAAAGAAAUGUUGAUUUCCUCAAAAAUGGAAGAAAAGAUAUCGACAAUCAGUGAAGCUAAAAUAGGUGAGAGUAUUAAAGAAGAAGUUCUUCAAGUUGUAAAAACUGAGACGGAAUCAAUACUUAAAGACACUGAAAAGAUAUCACCAUCCAAGGAAUCGCCUGUUAUAAGUUCAAAAGCGCGACAGUUCAUAGAAACUGUUCCAGAAGAUGAUUCCGUGCAAGAAUGUUUCUUCUCGAAACGUAUUUAUUCAGACUCCUUAGAGGAUUCUGAGCAUACUGAUUCACGACGUCAUUCAGAAGCAGAAUCUCUGAAAUCAGACCAAUCAGAUUUUAGGGCCAAAAUUUCUUCAUCUGAUUUUGAUGAACGGGCGGAAUACGAGGAAACUGCAGACUCUGGUAGUGGAUUCGGAGAUGAAAAGUUUGAAGAAAGUAUUGGAUUUACAGCUAUUAAAAUAGAUCCAAAAGCUUUGCACAGAGAUAGCAAAGAUUCCGAUUCUGACAAAGUUGAAGAAACUGAGGUAGUUUUCAAAAAGGUUCCUAAACGUCAUUCUAGAACAGAAUCUAUUUCUAUAUCAAAGUUAAGUGAUUUGCAACUGGACAUUGAAUUACCUAAGCCUAAACAAGAAUUUCAAAUGAUUGUUACUGAGGCAGAAGAAAUAGAAAAAUCAUUUGAAAAAGAUGAAGCAUCUGAUAAAGUUUCAUCUGAAAGUAGCAGAGAAGUAGAAAUAUCUGACCGAAAAUCAUCAGAGGGUGUAUCAGACAGAAUAUCUUCAGAAGACGCUGUCACUGAUAAAAAGACUUCGUCUGAGGAAGAAGCCGCUAAGGAAGGUCAACGGCUGUUAGAGCAGGAAUCCGAAAAAGAAUACAAGGAGUCAGUGACGACGGAAACCGCUGAACUCAGAACACGUGUUCAAAAAGAAGAAAUCGUAGAUAAAGUUGCAGUAGAAGCUAAGCGACAAUCUGUUACAUCAGCGGGAUCUGGUUCUAUCGGUGAAUUACGGUUAGAAGAAAAGAGACUUUCUGAUGCCCAAAGUCUUACAGAAUCAAGAGAUUACACAUUCGAAGAAUCUGAGGAUGAUAUUGCUACACAAGGAACGCAUGUUGACAUACCUAAAGAAAAAUCUGAUCAUAAGGAAUACGAUGUAAAAAUCGAAUCUCCUGUUAAAAUAAGCGAGCCUACAAAACCAGCAAAGUUGACACAUGGUGACUCAUUAGAUGACGUUGAAGGUUUCCCUGAAGAUCAUGCUGAAUAUGUACAUAAGUUACCACAUAUAUCAGAAUCAGGAUUACCAUCCGACAGACAUUUAGUGCAAGAUUUUCUCAAUAAUGAGCGAGAAGCACAAUUAAAACGCGAAACAGUCGUAACGAUUACAACGAUAACGAAAACGUUAGAACCACAUGAAAAAAUAAUUAAAUCCGAAGAUCACCAAUCAGUUUUAGAGUCUGAACCUAUAACAUCACAAACAGUAGAUGUUACAACAGAAUCUAAAAUAACAACAUCAAGUAAAAUAGAAUCAGAAACAAAAACAGCUCUUAGCGACAGCAAAUUUGAUGUGAGCAAAAUAAGGACCGACACGCUUGGAAAGUUUGAAAUAUUAACUGAAAGCAAAGAUGUCAAGUACGAUAAAGAGUUGUCUACAGAAGAAUCAAGUUUAGAGGAUAAAACUGAUACUUCCAAAGAACAAGAAAAAUCUAUAAUAGACGAUUUAUCGCAGAAAAGUAGCAUAAUAUCUGCCUCUAGAAGCCCAACCAUAGAAAAAGAUAUUAAAACAAUAACUAAAGAAAUUGUUGAGAGUGAAAAGCGAUCCUACGACGCUAAAGUACCACAAAAAGAAGAAAGACGACAUUCUUGUAUAAGCCCUGCAAUUUCACUGGAAAGAAUCGCAGAGUCAGAGAUUGAAAUGGAAGAAGAAUCACCCAAACCAAUUAAAUCAAAGGAUAAAACGACUAGUUUAGAUAAGGAAGACUCUGAUAAAACAGGCAUGAAGAAAUCUGAUUCAGCAAUGAAACAAAUGGCAGACAAUAUAGAGAUUAUAAUUAAACAAGCUUCUGAAGAUAUUGAUAUUUCAGUUGAAGAAACUGACAUUGUGAAGGUAGAUACAGAGAAACCUGAAUUAGAGGAUAUAAGUGGAAAAGUCUCUGUAGACUCUAUUAUUGAAGAAGCGGUAACUACUGUCGAAGGAUAUCUAAAAUCUUCGGAAGAAAAAGAAGAAGAGGUGACAACUGAAGAUGUCCAAGUCCUAAAAAUGGACGCUAAAAUUAAAGAACGUCCAAGUUUAAUGAAAUCUUUGUCGAGGGACAGUGGAGAAAUCGCAAUCAUACCAAAAAAGAAACAAACAAGAACGUUUUCAGUGCAGAGUUCCCCAGAGGAAGUCGAGGAGCAAAUUUACACGGAUUCUGAAUCAGAUAUGGAUAAGGCAAAAGUACUGGAGAUAAUAGAACCUACCACUGAAACAGACGGAAAAAUUCCUGCAUCUAGUUUCGACACGAAGAAAUUAAGAACUGAUUCACUUGACGAUGCAGAUGACUUCCCGGAAAAAGAGUCGGAUUAUUUUACAGACGAAGAUAAAUGUUAUGAACACAUUCCUGAAUCAAGGGAUUUAGUUAAGCCGGAAGACAAAAUGGAACUUCACGAACCUGGCGCGUCAACAACUUUUACACAGGAAACAGAAAGGGAAAAAUCAUCAGAAAAAUUAGUUAAGAAAACUCACUUUGUUGACAGUCUAUUACGGUCGGAAUUCGUAUCUAAAUCGACAACCGAGUCAUCUGUGACCACGGUUAUUUCAACUUUGACCAAAUCAUCAGAUGAAGAUCAAAAAUCAGUUAUUGAAGAUGGUACUUCGGCUGAUUUCUCAAAAAUGAGCGGAGCAGACUUAGUCAAAGAUUCGUCUAAAACGUCUUUAGAUGCUAAAGAAGACUAUAAGCUUGAAGAACAAGUAGACGAAAGGGUACUAACCCCUGAUUUAUCUAAAAAGUCUAUUGACUUAACAAAAGAUUAUUCCAAGUCUUCAAUGGAUAGUAAAGAUACUUCAAGAGACUUCGCUACAAAUGAACUUUCCAAAGAUUCUACUGCUGAUCUGUCAAAGGAUUACUCAAAAGCAUCAAUAGACAGCGUUAAAGAAUCAUCUAAAUCGAUUGAUGAAAAAACAUUUUCGGAAGACCAUUCGUCAUUCGAUGUGUCUAAAACAUUAGCCUCGGACAUUUCCGAAGGGAUUACAAUGAGUAAAGAAUUCAUAGAAGAAGAGAGAUCGGUGUCUAAGAUUAUAAAGAUUUCAACAAGUUCUUCUCAAGAAACGUCUUUUAUGACUGAAAGUAAAUUAUUAAGCGAACAAGACUCUUUUGGUAAAACAAGGACAAUAGAUAAACAAGAGAAAGAUGAUCAGCAACAAAUUGAGGAGAAAGAAAGUCAAAAAAUCAGUGAGAAAGAUGAGUCAGGGACAACUGAUGACGAUGUAAGCAAGGUAAAUACAUCCGAUAUGAAAGAGCUGAACAGAAGAUGUUCAAAUCUUCUGGAAGACAUAUCAUCAGGCGCUUUGAUAAGAAUAGAUUCUAGUCACAUUACACAUGAUUUGGCAUCAAAGUUUUCUAAAACUCCACCGCCGUCACCGGUUGAUUUAAUUUUAAAAGACAGAGCUAGAUCAGAAGACAGUGCUGGCGAUAAGCAAUCCGGAAUGCAUCUAAAAGGUUCCGACGCUACGUUCUUGGACGCAAACAGACAAUCACCACGAGCUUCCUCUGCCGGAGAUAGUUUAUUAAGUGAAACCGAAGCUCAUCAAAGUGAAAUAUUAACUGAAGCGUCGAAGGUACUAAGUGAAGCCGCUAGACCUAAGUCUCCGAUCAAACAUCUUGCUGAUAAUUUAUCAUUCGUGAACGUCGAUCAACCGACUAUAACAAGCGGUGCAGUUGAAUUAGUUGACCGUACUAUAGAGAAGAGUAUGGAUGUAAUAGAUCAAAUUAAAAAAGAACAACUUGCCGCUAAAAUGGAAGAAAUGCAUAAAAUAAUUCCAACCGAAAACUUUUAUACUACCUCUGUAAUAGAAACCUCUACCUCAUCUUCUUCAAUUCAUAAAACAGUCGAAGGUACGGAAUUAACGUUCCAAAAUAUUGAUCCUGAGGCUGUCAUGUCUGAUAUGAUUACAAAGCUUGGAGCAACUCAGGAAGAGUUUAGCACCAUCUUAACACAGAAAGAAACUGAAACAAGAAAAAUAUCUGGACAAGAAUUUUAUACCGAAACUAAGCACGUCUCCUCUUCCGAUGAUGAUUCAGUAGUAAUAAAAACCGAAACUACUCAUGAAUUAAGAGGACAAGAACAUGAAGUAAAAGAAAAAUCUAUUGUCAGAAAAGAAGGAGAUCAAACUGAAACUACAGAAAAGAAAUUAGAGAAGGCACACGAAGCUUCUGCUAAAAGAUCUGACGUAGAGACUAAAACUGUUUUUAAAAGUACAGAUGAUACCGAUGUUAUAAAAGUAGAGAGAGAAUUUACGGAACAAGGGCUGUAUGCUGGUCGACAGACGAAAUCUGAAGAGAAAAUGACUGCUCUUAAGGAUGAGACUGUUAAGAAAAAACAGGAAGUUAAAAUUUCUGAAAGAGAAAUGUCACAUGAACAGUGGGGUAAAGAAUAUUUUACUGAACCUGGAGAAUUAGAAGAUAUUCAGGAAGCUGAUGAUAAAUCAAAAGUGGCUUAUGUUGACUCUUCUCUAAAAAUUGUUGAGAAAGAUGAAGUUGUUUCAACCACAGAGAUCAGUGAAAAAGGAAAAGUGGUAAGUUCAAAAGUCGAACACCACAGAGAAGAAUCUGUAAUCGAAAGUAAAGAACACGACGACCUCAGUUCUGAUGCCUCUCAUGCACCAAGUUUUAAAACUGACUCAGCCGAUAAGAGGGAUUCAUCUGAAAUGAGCCCAAGAAGUAAAUCUAAGUCUUUCAAAAAAGAUAACGAAGUGUAUGAAGUCGACUUUAUAAAAGAAAUUAAGGUUUCAACUUCGCCUAUUAAAAGUUCAUUUAGUCGAACUGGGAGUCAAGAUACUCAUUCGGAAUCAGAAGUAGUACCUGAUUUACCACAUGAUGAUAAAACAGGAGAAACUCCCAAAAAGGAUAAACCGAGUAAAUCCCCCAUAAAGCUACAGCAAUAUCAAAUACAAGAUCAAGUAUUAGAAGUAUCGCUACAUAAAGCCGACUCUUUCGUGAUGGGAGAUAUUGAACCAACAAGCGCUAAACAAGAUAUAGGCGAAUCGACUUCAAUUGAAAGCCCUAAAAGUGACGUCAAGAUCGAAAUCAAAUCUAUUGAAGUUGCAGAGAGUGAACAAUCUGUUAAAUCUGUGAAAAUGGAUUUGAUGCCGAAUGUUAUCGAAACAGAACGAACAGAAUGGGAAGAAUCGACUACUACAACUAAAGAUUUAAUGAUAAAGUCGAGUGAAAGCGUGGAUACUGAAUAUAUGAUUAAGUCACUUGAGUCACAUGACGGUGAAAUUCUGCAAAAAUCUAUGGAUUCUACUGUAAGUGCAGAAACAUUGCAACCAUCAGAAUUUUCAACCGAAGGUGAUUCCGCGUAUUUGACUGGAACAGAUCACAAAAAGGAGGAAAUAAAAUUAAUUAAAGAGAAAAGUCUCGAAGACAUUUGCAGCAGUGGAUAUGACACUGAUCUCUCUUCUGCCGAGUUUCAUGGACUGAAACUUGAAACAGAAAAGGUUGAUUUUGACACGUUGAUGUCUGCUCAACCGCUCGCUGACUUGUCAGUUUUGGAAAAAACUAUAGAUGAAGUCAAGCAGUCUCUUGAAGCAGCGCAAGUAGAAAUCAUAAGUGAAAAAAGUGACGGGAGUAGUAAAUAUAAGCAGUCUCCCUCCGAAUUUCAAUUUAAAUUACUAAUAAGUCCCGAAAGGCCGGAUGUUAUAACAGAAGAGCCUCACCAUACCGACGAUUCAAGUAAAGUUAUAACUGCUCUUGAAAAGGACGAAAAAUUAUUAGACAGUCAAAAAUCCGAUAGCGUCUCACAAAAGAUAAGCUCACUAGACGAAACUAUAACAUCUGAAGAAGAAAAAGACACCGUUCAAAUAAAAGAAUUAAGCCCACCACUCGAUUCUGGAGACUUGUCAGUAAAAUCGGAUAGCGGACCGCAUUCAAUUUUAGAAACUGAAAGUGAAAUUGGAUUUUCUGACCGUGAUGGCUCUUCGAAAGGCAGUCCAGAAGUAAAAUUGCGAGUUCACAAACAUAUAACAAGCAAACUGGGUGUAGUUGAAAGACGCUCGGCAUCUGAAGUUGAAGGAUGGUCUAGUUCUGGCGAUAGUCACUAUCAAAGUUUUGAACACUCGGAGAGUAGACCGUUAUCUUCAGAUAUCGAGGUCAUGUUAACAGCCCAGAGUGGAACUGAAUUCGAAACCGCACUUACAAGCCAUGACGUCUCUUCCCAAUCACUCAGAACAUCCAAAGAUUACUUUACAGCAGGAAGUUCGCUUGCUUCAAGAGACAGCAUGAAAAGUUUAGACUCUGAUGGGUCUAGUCACGUAGCGAGUAUUGAUAUUUCAGAUGCAUCUGAAACAUUAGUUCCUUCAGCUAAUGAGCUUAAAGAAGAAUUGAUGGAGAGUAGUACUUAUGUAGAACAAUUCCUUCAUGAAACAGAAAAAGAACAAGUAACUAAAUCAAAGGAAUUGAGCGACGAGGAAGGAUCAGGUGAUGACGAGGACCAUAAACCUGAUGACAUCGAAACCUUAGGUAAAAUGAAAAGGUCGCAUGAAAUGCGGUUUACACCAAAAGAAAUGAUUCCAGAACACUUUCCUUUAGACGGAACAUCCGAAAGCGUUGAGCUUGAAGAUGAUUCAACAAAGGAUAAGGAUGGGUCAGAUACAACUAUUUCUAGUCAACUUAAGACUGAUGAAGUUUUAUCGUCGUCUAUUUCAAAAAUAGAUAUAUCAUCGUCGUUAUCACAAACAGAAAUAAACAAAGAAGACGACUUGGAAGAACCAAUCAUUGUAAAAGAAUCAACUACCAAAGAAGAAGCAAUACCUUUUGCUGUAACAAAGAUAGAUAAACCUCAAAGAGAGUUAGUAGAUAUCGAUAGUCAAAUAAUACCCGUAGGAUCUACGGAAUUCCAAGAAAUUGAGAAAUUCGGGAGUAUAAAAACUCAAACAAUACACGAUGACAAUGAACUUAUUCGACAAAAAGUUGUUCAAACUGAACAGAGUGUACCAAAAGAAAAAGCUGAGAAAGGUGAAGUCACAGAGGAGUGCGUAAAAAAGACCGUGCAAGAUGUGAGUGUGGUUCCUUUUCCUAUCACGGAAAAACCACCAAGUCAAAGGGAACUUGUUGAUGUAGAUGAAGAAAUAAUACCUGUCGGAACAAAGCAAUACGAUGAAAUAUCAAAAUCGAAAAGUGAUUCUUCAGUACCUAAAACAAAAGCAGAAAAAUCCACAGUAUUGCAAACGGAAAGUCAGUUGGAAAGUAAACAAAGCUCUACGUCCAGUUUAAAAACUCAUGAGCACAUUUCGACUCCGCAUACACCAUUAUCUGCGCCUAGUCAAAGUUCGCUCUCCACAGAAAACGGUCGAGAGUAUGUCUUGGAUGAUAUGUACGACAUAUCUGAGGCACCGGAAUUAAAAUCAGAUUUCGCAACCGAAAGCAGCAGAUCAGAACUAGUAGUUACAACGGAAGAUAAAACCUUACGAUCUUACGAAAAGGAACAAGAAUCGCCAACCAGUGAUGAAUUUGAAAUGCUCGAUAAACCAUGUGAAAUGGAUGAUUUUGUGGUAAUAGAAGAAGUAGCGAAGGAAGCUCAAGAAACAGAUCCGGAGGGAAAAAGUGUUAAAAUUGUCACUCAAAAAUAUGUAAAAAGACAUGACGAAGAAGUCGAGGAAUACUUAUCAAAAACCGCAAAGAAACAAGACAGCAGCAGUGCCUCUGGUUCGUUAUCUGACGAGGAAUUACUCCAAUUCGAAAUAGAACAAAAGAAGUUGCAAGCUCAAGAAUUAGCUGAAAUCGAAGCAGGUAAACGUUGGAUACAAAUGCAGUUUGAAGGAGACCCAAGGUAUGAUUAUGAAAGAAUACCACUGGAAGAUAUUAAAGAAGAAGAAAUGACCGAUUUUGAUGCAAGUAGAAUUGGAAGUUUGAGCUCUCAAAAAGAAUCUAUUGGUAGUUACGGUAGUUUCAGAAAUUCUUACGGAAGUUUAUCUGAAUCCGAAAUGGCUUCCCGUAUACGAUUCAGAGUGCGUGGAGAAAACGAUGAUAUAUCUAUCAGUUCUCUGCAAGAAUUUGAGAAUCUUGAAAGAGCAUUAAUGGAGCAGUAUCAGCAACAUUCAUCCUCAUCUCAAGACUCCUUAAACGGAUCGUUACCGCGACGAUAUAUUCUCAGUAGGAGUCAGGGUGAUGAUAUAUCAGUUUCAAGUCUUAAAGAAUUCGAAGGUUUGGAGUCUGCAUGCUUAGAAGCUUUAAAAGCUGAAAUUCUAGCUAAGCAGAAAGAAGCUUUGUUACAAGCUGAUCCGAAGGUAGCAACUGGCAGCUUUUUAGAGCAAGAGAAGCGUUCUUACAGCAGUAGUUCAGACAGUAGUCCACCUCUGAAAUUAGGAAGCCCAGGACAAAAGUCUGGAAGCCCCUCUCAGAAAGGAGGAAGCCCGUCUCAAAAAGUUGGUAGCUAUGGUAGUCCAUCGCAACGUCUCUUAGCUGAUUCAGCCGCUAUAAGAAAACUGAUUGACCAACAACUAGCCUUAGAACAAAGAAUGCAAGAACAAGUCGUACCUAAAAUUAUAACUGUAAAGAAACAUGACGACCGCGGCGCAUUUUUCGUGCCAGAACCUGACCCAGAGACUUCAAAGGAUAAAACAGACGAAGCAGUAGAGGAAUGUACGAAAUCGUCAGCUUUCGUGUGUGCCGCCGCUCCGAGUGAUGGGUCGGCGGAAUCUAUACCCGGAGAUUGCGAGGAGAUGAUGAAAAUCUUGGACCAAGAGGAGAAAGCAAAACGUCAACAAAAGCAACUUCAAGCUAUAUCGAGGACGUUCUCGGAAGGCGGCGGGGUUAUUGAGGUUGUUCGAACGACAACAGUCAUACAGCAAAGAUUUGUAGAUGGAAAGAAAGUAUCGGAGACCGUUUCGAGUACUGAUAACGAGGGGGCUGUUGAUAUUCCAUCGAGAUCUAUACAAUACGAUGACGGAUGCAUGUCUCUAGGAUCCGAGAUGUCCUCGUCUUUGGCUUCUCAGCCUUCUGAAAUGGAUAGUUUAAUGACCGUAAUGGAAAAGCACUCUGGGGGGGAGAUCGUAACUGUGUCACAUCAGACUAUCAUAACAUCUUCGGAGAAGCCGGAGGACUUAGAGUUUAUGCGCGAAGGCAGCGGCAUACGUGAGCUGUCGCCCUCCUCCGGGAGGUCGGUAGCUCACAGCUCGUUCUCUAGCAAACACUUUACAGAUCCUGCAAGCGGUUCCUGGAGCUGUCAAGAUGAGGAGUUGAGUUCUUCUGGCAGUUUCAGCAGAGCCCGAGCUGACCUAAUGCUGGGUAGCACAGACAGUCUAGAAGCAACUAGUUCUAACGCAACAAGAGCUACAUUCAACUACGAAGUCGACACACCAAUGACUGGCAGCCUCACUUCUGGAGAGAUAACAGCGGUACGCCCUCUAGGGUCCAACACUAUGGUGUCGUCGCUUGACACUAUGGACCCCAUCACCGCCGUGCAAGUUGAAAGUCUGGAGUACCAGUCCAGUGAACAACAUUCACAUGAUUAUGAAGUACAGGAACCGGAGACGGAUACUGAUAAAUUGGAUUCGGAUGGUCGUAUACCAAAGGCGAAGGAGCGUACAAUAAUGUUCGACAGUACAGACACACUGAGCGCAGUAAGUGCUGACAGCUCGGUGCGGGAAGCGACAGUCGAAGCACCAGCACCUACAUUUUACAUCGGAGAUACGCCAAUAUUGAAAGCAGAGAAGAAAGAAGAUGAAGGUCCAUCGCAGCUGUCAGGCAGCUGCCCCGCCUCUCUGCCGCCCACCACUCACCCUUCCCCACCUAUACCUGCUCAGAGAAGAUCUCUCACAAUGAUUGCAAAGUCUCCACUCUCAAGCCUCGAAGAAAUAGCUAAGAAAUAAAUUAGUUAGAUAAAACAUUUUGCUACGACAAUUUCAAAUAAAAACAAAAACUUAGCUUAAGCGAUCACGAUACGCUUAUUUAGCAAAAUAAAAAGAUUUAGACAACAAAAUAUUUCGACAAACUCUUUAAUUGUAAAACAAACAACGUUCCAUAACU